AAAGAGGCCUCCUCCAGGAUAGGAAGAAAACAGAGCAAGGGAUGGACCAAGUGUUUGUCAGUGCGUGCGUGUUGAAAAGAAGUGCGUUUGGAGAGGCUAUCGAGAGAGGAAGCAACAGAGAGGCAGGGAUGGGACGGUGCGCGAUUAAUCCAACUUGAUUGAAGUUGGGACCGAAGCUUCAUCCCCGCGUCCUUGCGGAGAUGCGGCGGUCAUUGAAACAGCGCACUACAAGAAUUUAGACAGUGACUGUUAGAAAAGUCAAGAUGACAGUGCCGAAAGACAUCCCGGACAAAUGGUUUCCACUAGUUCUCCCCCUGAAAAGAAAGAAACAGAAGGCAGUAAAUGGAGCCAAAUCGACAAAGAAGCGGACAGAGGAGGAGAGAAGGGUCAGAGCCAAUGACAGAGAGUACAACGAAAAGUUUCAGUACGCUAGUAACUGCAUUAUGACAUCCAAGUACAACAUCGUCACCUUUCUGCCAGUCAACUUGUUUGAGCAGUUCCAGGAAGUAGCCAACACCUACUUCCUUUUCCUGCUCAUACUGCAGUUAAUACCUCAGAUCUCUUCCCUUUCCUGGUUCACUACCAUUGUGCCUCUAGCUCUUGUGCUGAGCAUCACCGCAGUUAAGGAUGCCACAGAUGACUAUUUUCGUCAUAAGAGCGACAACCAAGUGAACAACCGUCAGUCUCAGGUCCUCAUCCGUGGCUCGCUACAGAAUGAAAAGUGGAUGAACGUGCGAGUAGGUGAUAUCAUUAAACUGGAAAACAACCAGUUUGUGGCAGCUGACCUGCUCCUGUUGUCCAGCAGCGAACCUCACGGACUAUGUUACAUUGAGACAGCCGAGCUGGACGGAGAGAGCAAUAUGAAGGUUCGUCAGUCUGUCUCAGUGACAUGUGCACUUGGAGACGCAAACAACUUGGCUUCAUUUGAUGGUGAGGUCGUCUGUGAGCCCCCCAACAACAAACUGGAUCGUUUCUGUGGUACUCUAUACUGGAGAGACAAGAAAUACACCCUAACCAACCAGAACAUGCUGCUACGGGGAUGUGUCCUUCGCAACACGGAGGCCUGCUACGGCCUGGUCAUCUUUGCAGGCCCAGAUACCAAGCUAAUGCAGAACAGUGGUCGCACAAAGUUUAAGCGUACGAGCAUCGAUCGCCUGAUGAACACUCUGGUCCUCUGGAUCUUUGGCUUCCUGGUAUGCAUGGGUGUGAUCCUGGCUAUAGGUAACGCAGUGUGGGAGAGAGAGGUAGGCUCCUUGUUUCAGAGCUAUCUGCCCUGGGACCCUCCUGUGGACAACUUCCUGUUCUCGGCCUUCCUGUCCUUCUGGUCCUACGUCAUCAUUCUCAACACUGUGGUGCCUAUCUCUCUCUAUGUCAGCGUGGAGGUGAUCAGGCUGGGUCACAGCUACUUCAUUAACUGGGACAAGCAGAUGUUCUGCUCACAGUGCAACACACCAGCUGAGGCCAGGACCACCACUCUGAACGAGGAGCUGGGCCAGGUUGAAUACAUCUUCAGUGACAAGACUGGAACUCUCACUCAGAACAUCAUGAGCUUUAAUAAGUGCUCCAUCAAUGGACAGACUUAUGGUGAAGGAACAGAUCCGUUGGGACCUCAGCCAAAAAGGUUGGACUUCACUCCCUUCAACCCCCUGGCGGACCCCAACUUCUGUUUCUAUGACGACACCCUGCUGGAAUCAGUGAAAGUGGGAGACACACACACUCACAAGUUUUUCCGCCUGCUCUCCCUUUGUCACACCGUCAUGAGUGAGGAGAAGAGCGAGGGAGAGCUGUUUUAUAAGGCUCAGUCUCCAGAUGAGAGCGCUCUAGUGACAGCAGCUCGAAACUUUGGCUUUGUGUUUCGCUCCCGAACACCUGGGACAAUAACCACCACAGAGAUGGGACGACCUGUCACCUACACUCUGCUCGCCAUACUCGACUUCAACAACAUACGCAAGAGGAUGUCUGUUAUAGUACGUAACCCAGAGGGCAGGAUCUGUCUGUACUGUAAAGGAGCUGACACUGUGCUGCUGGAGAGACUUCACCCUUCUAACCAGGAGCUGAUGAAUAUCACCUCAGACCACCUCAAUGAGUAUGCAGCGGAUGGUUUGCGGACGCUAGCACUGGCAUACAGGGACCUGUCAGAGGACGAGUGGGAGGCAUGGUCAGAGAGCCAUCGCUGCGCUGACAAAGCGGCCAGCUGCAGAGAGGACCGACUGGCAGCGGCGUAUGAGCAGAUAGAACAAGAUAUGAUGCUCCUGGGUGCUACAGCUAUAGAGGACAAGCUGCAGGAGGGCGUCCAAGAGACCAUUGCUGUCCUCUCGCUGGCUAACAUUAAGAUCUGGGUUCUCACUGGAGACAAGCAGGAGACGGCUGUCAAUAUAGGUUACUCCUGCAAGAUGCUGACAGAUGACAUGACCGACGUGUUCAUCAUCAGUGGACACACUGUCCAGAGCGUACGGCAGGAGCUCGGGAGGGCAAGGCAAAGGAUGAUUGACCUAUCACGAACCAGAGAUGGAGAAAAGGAGGAGGAGAUGGAGGGAGGUUUCAUGGAAAACGGGUUCAAAGAAGUACAAGAAGGAGAUGGAGGAGGAGGGAAACAGCUGCAGUGCCCUCCUCCUUCUGCUCUUGCUCCUCCCUCCAACCUCAUGGACAACAUCUCUGGAGAGUUUGCCCUCGUAAUCAACGGUCACAGCCUGGCCCAUGCACUAGAAGCAGACAUGGAGACAGAGUUUGUGUCGACGGCAUGUGCGUGCAAAGCCGUGAUCUGUUGCCGAGUCACCCCGCUGCAAAAAGCGCAGGUGGUGGAGCUUAUCAAGAAACACAAGAAGGCCGUCACUCUGGCUAUAGGAGAUGGAGCAAACGACGUUAGCAUGAUCAAGAGUGCUCAUAUUGGAGUGGGUAUCUCAGGUCAGGAGGGAAUCCAGGCCGUGCUGGCCAGUGACUACUCCUUCUCCCAGUUCCGCUUCCUACAGCGCCUCCUGCUGGUGCACGGCCGCUGGUCCUACCUACGCAUGUGCCGUUUCCUCUGCUACUUCUUCUACAAGAACUUUGCCUUCACCAUGGUGCACUUCUGGUUCGGCUUCUUCUGUGGCUUCUCGGCACAGACGGUGUAUGAUCAGUACUUCAUCACUCUCUACAACAUUGUCUACACCUCCCUCCCUGUGCUGGCCAUGGGGAUAUUUGACCAGGAUGUUCCUGACCAGAGGAGUCUGGAGUAUCCCAAACUGUAUGAGCCUGGGCAGCUAAACCUCCUCUUCAACAAGAGAGAAUUCUUCAUCUGCAUCGCGCAGGGCAUCUACACAUCAGUAGUGCUGUUUUUUGUCCCCUGUGCCGUCCUGUCCAACGCCACUCAGAGCACCGGAGUGCCCCUCGCUGACUACCAGACCUUUGCAGUCACCACGGCAACAGCCCUGGUCAUUGUGGUCAGCGUACAGAUUGCUCUUGACACAGGCUUCUGGACUGUUAUCAAUCAUGUGUUUGUGUGGGGCUCACUGGGCUUAUACUUCACCAUCAUGUUCGCGCUGCACAGUCAGACCCUCUUCAAGAUCUUUCCAAAUCAGUUCCACUUUGUAGGUAGUGCCCAGAGCACAUUAUUGCAACCAGUCGUGUGGUUAACUAUUGCACUGGCGACUGCAAUAUGCAUAGUUCCAGUUUUGGCAUUCCGCUUCCUUAAGGUGGAUCUCAAACCUCAGCUCUCAGACACGGUGCGCUACACUCAGUUGGUGCGACAGAAGAAGCGAAAGCCGGUAGGUCGUAGCGUGGGAGGUGCCUGGUGUGGGGUGGGCAGUGUGUCAGAGGGCCGUCUGGGCGCUCGCGGCUCUAGGAGGUCAGGCUACGCCUUUGCCCACCAAGAAGGAUUUGGAGAGCUGAUCACCUCAGGGAAGAACAUGAGGCUCUCAUCCUUGGCCCUGGCCAACUUUGCCUCCAGACACAGCUCCACCUGGAUCGACACACUCCGCAGGAAGAAACAUAGUUACGCUCACACUCCUCCCAGCGCCUCGGGGGAGUCCAGCCCAGCACCCAGUUGUGUCUCUGUGUCGGUUCCGCCGCUCUCAAACUCCUCGUCUGUUCUAGGCGGCACACAAGAUAUACCCAUCGAGGAGGAGAGAGGCGCAGCACCAGUCCAAAAUACACAGACUGUUGCUGCUUCACCCACAAAAACCCCUCCAGCUUCAGCACAAGCUUCAGAAGAAGCUGCACCUCAGGCCCUCAAUCCUGGUGUCCUCACCCCCGCAGCAGUGAGGGCCCAUGGGGGAGACUCACCUGGAGGCUGGACUGUCACUCUGGGCACUGUGCAGGAAGCUCUGUUUGGUUGGAAGACUCGGACCACUGCAUCCAACAGCCCACCCUCUGUUGCCAAGGAAACCGGCCAGAUUGAGUGAAACAUUCAGAAUAAAUGGAGGAAUUGCUUGUCCACUACUGUCCAUCACAUGUUUGCACACACAUACAGGAUGUGUUGUGUGUUUUCCUGGAAAGAAACUGUGACACUGAGAGCACACGGACUGUUAUAAACAGCUUCUCAGUCUUCUCUCUGACUCUCGAUUAAAGCUUCUAUAAUAAAUCACAUAAAUCCCAAUCAUAGGAAGAAGUGGCACAUCCUUAUGACAUGGACUUUGCCAACCAUGAAUUAGGAUUGAAUGGAAAUAGACAUGUUCCGACAGCAUAUGAUAACUGUCUUCAUGUAUGACCGGAACGUCAUGAGAUUUACAGUAUUUAACUGAAGGAAAGCAGCGGGUGAAGAAACAGUUAACCUACUAUUAAUGAUCUAAAAGAUUGUUACAACUUGUUAUUUCAAGUUUAGCCUCACUCACAACCAAGUUUAGCCUCACUCACAACCAAGUCACGCAGCAUCUCUCAAAAUCAACAAUGGGUUGAAUAAAUGAGCAGAAUAACAAGACUCUCACUCAGUGAAGUGCCGGCAUUAUUAUCUGUAAUUGUUUUUCUCCUCCAGCCUUUGUGUUCACUAUAGUUCUCAGUGAGAACGGUGCUUUAUGUUUCAGGACACUCCAAGACUGUUGCAAGACUUGUGUCCCUUAUCUCCCACUGAUCUGUUUUCCUACUUGUUAUACCUCUACUUCAUGAGUUUUCCUUUCUUAUUUUGCAUCAUAUUGAUGUGUUUUAUAAUGGCCUAGUUGAGUUGCUACUCAAAGCAAGCUCUCAGUGCUUUUCCUCCUCUUUGCAAGUUUUUUUAUUAUUAUAUUUUUGGUCUGACAAAGGGCCAGAUCAUGUAAAUAUCUCCUACCACCACAGUCUGAGAAUGAAAAGACAAACUGCCACUGGCUAACUUUAUGUAAGACCUGGGAAAAGGGCAAAGAAACUCUGAAAACCAGAACGGCACUAACGGACAUUUAAAGGUGAUUUGUCGAACAGUGUUACACUUCAGUAAAGUGCUUUAAAUGUAUAUCUGUCCACGGAUAAAGGGAAUGUGUUUAGGAAUAAUCAUGCCUUAACAAUGCCAACAUUGUAGUCCUCUAAGCUGUUUCUGGUUUCUGAUCUAUCAAUCACAGUACAACAUCUCAUCUGUGUUUGCUCCUAACUAUUACCGUCCCCUGACCCGGAUUAGGGUGAGAAAAUAAACUAAGUUGCGUAACCAGAGGAACGAUAUAAACCUGGAUCUGUUUUUACAGUCUUCAACAAAGCAGCUCUCAGAUUGAAGAUACAACAGUAAGCUAACAUGAUCUGCAAAGACGAUGCUGGAAAUGAAUGUACUGUACAGUAUUUGGUCCCAUGAAUUGUUUAAGAUCUAUUAGUGUGGAACACUUAGCUGUUGAAACCGUGGUCAAUAAACAUGUCAACUCUCUUUCAAAUGAGAGAA